AUGCUGCACUCCUCGAACGAUCAAGUCUACUGCAUGUCAACGUUGUGGAUUCGCAAACGAGUCGAAAUCAGACUGGACAUUCGUGAACAAGAGAUGCCACGACUGCAGACGCUCUGGACACAAGCAAGCAUUCUGCAAAAAUUUCCGGGAGAAGAAGAAGCGGAAGCCGAAGCUGAAGCGGAAAGAGAAAAGAUUCAUGGGGAGACAGUACGCAUGCGUCUUGAUACUGGAGCGGAUGUAACAAUGCUGAGCACAGGAGACUGGACCGCCAUGGGUCGACCGAAGCUGCAACCAUCCCGUCUGACACUGAAGUCUGCCAACAACGAACCAAUCAACUUCCGGGGAUGCUACGAAUGCAACUUCAUCAUUGAUGAUCAUCUAGAAUAUGUGAAACCAGCUGAUGGUGUACUCCAACAACAUAUGGAUGCUCUUAUCGCUGGAAUAGAUGGAACCUCAGCCUAUCUUGACGACAUAUUUGUUACCAGUAGAACCAUUGGCCUACACAAUACUCGACUAAAGACGGAGAUCAGCUAUGUACCUUGGGUUCGUCAUCAACGCACAAGGACACGCCUCGAUCCAGAAAAGAUCAAAGCUAUCCAGAAGAUGCCCGCUACGAAGGAUUUCCGUAAAAAUUGUUGA